AUGUAUAAAGAUCUUCGAUCAUAUUCACCACAUUUUCACGAUCAACAGGAUUAUGUUACAUCAACAACAGUUCUUCUUGCUAAUACUUAUACAUUAGGUGGCGAUUGGUCUACAGCAUCAGAUAUUCGAAUGAAAAUGAAUCAAUCGGGUAUGAAAAAAAUGGCCGGUCUUUCGUGGACUGUAGUCGAUGGGAAAAUAGUGAAAUUUCGAGCGCAUGGUCGAUCGCAUCCGCGAUCUGAAGAAAUCUAUGCUGAAUUAGAACGUUUGACAAAUGGACUGAUCGAACAUGGCUACAAGUGCGACACAUGUUGGAUUACUCGACCAAUGAUGAAUGACGAAACUAGAGAAUCAGUAUUAUCUGGACACAGUGAAAGACUGGCAAUUGCUUUCAAUCUGAUUCAACAGCCAGUUCCAUCAUGUAUCCAAAUACUGAAAAAUCUUCGUGUUUGUGGAGAUUGGCGUAAGUUAUUCUCAUUCGAUCUUUUGGAAAACUUUCAUUGUGAUCUUCUCGUAGAUACAUUCAUUAAAUUGAUCGCUCGAAUUCAUCAAUGUUUGAUAAUUGUUCGAGAUACCAAUCGUACGCAUCAUUUCCAUCCAAAUGGACAAUGUCCUUGUCGAGAUUAUUUUUGA